AUCGAGUUUACUUAGAUUAAACUAAAUUUAAUUAUAUUUUAUAAAUAAUAUGCAUAUUCUUAAAAAAAAAAGGUCAUAUCAAAUAAAAUGUUUAAAUAGCCAUAAUGUGUAGAAAACUUAAAAAUAGCAACUAAAUUCUAAAAUCAAUAUGAAAAGCGUAUUUGAACUUUAUUCGCAGAUCUUAUCACUCUAAAUCUUCAUUACCUUUAAAAAAAAUUAUAUACACAUUUGGUAAAAGUUAGAUUUUGAAAUACAAAUUUCACAAACGUAAAUGUUUCAAUUAUUUAAAUUCUUCAAAACAAGUGAUCAUGAAAUAAAAUUUAAACAAAGUGAAAAGUAAACAAAAACAAUAUUUUGAUGUGAAUAUUAAACUUUUUGAAUCUUGUAAUUUAUGAAUUGUAAAGACAGACAAAAAAAAGACGAGAGAAAAUACUUUAUUAAUCUUUAAUAAAUCUUAUUUUUAUUUAAAAAGAAGAAAAAAUAAUUAUUUCAUUAACAAAAUUUUGGCUUAUAUAUGAACCGGGGUUUGUCCGGUUCAUUGGGUCAGCCGGUUCCCGGGUUUUUUAACCUAUAAAUAUUGUUUAACCCCACGAAGUUUUCUUAAUCAUAGAAUUGUAGCUAAGAUCACAAUGAAUCCUUCUAGCUUACCGUCCAAGUCAACCAUUGGUGUAGAAAAAGCCAUUAAGAACCAAAAGGACAUAGCGCUGAUCGUUUCGAAGCAUCUCUUCUCUACCAAAGCCAAACACUCUAACUCCGUUUUCUCACCAGCGUUGAUAAACUCCGCGCUCACUUUGGCGGCUUCUGGCCCCGACGGUUCUUCAGUCUCCAACGAGAUCUUCUCCUUCCUGAGGUCUUCUUCAACCGACGAACUCAACGCCGUCUUCAGCAAGCUCGUUUCCGUUGUCUUCGCUGACCAUAGCGCCCACGGUGGACCAAAGAUCACGUCCGUCAACGGUGUCUGGAUCGAGCAAACGCUGCCCAUUGAUUCAUCGUUCAAGGAUCUCUUUGAGAAUGUCUUCAAAGCUGCUUUCGAUCGCGUAGACUUCCUAACAAACGCCGAACAAGUUCGUAUAGAGCUGAUUAAAUGGGCUGAAGAUCAUACCAAUGGUCUCAUCAAAGAUCUUCUUCCUCCUGGAUCCGUCUCGCGUCAAACCGGCUGCGUUUUUGGAAACGCACUGUUCUUCAAAGGAGCAUGGGAAGUUCCAUUCGACAAGUCUUACACAAAAGACACAGAGUUCCAACUUCUCAGUGGAACCUCAGUGUCCAUGCCAUUCAAUGGCGUUGUAUCAUAAAGCAUGUGUGGAGAUUGAUGAAGAAGGCGCCGAAGCUGCUGCUGCCACUUUUGUAGCCAGUUGUGGAUGUGCGAGAUAUAUGGAGCCUCCUAAGAGGAUAUAUUUUGUGGCAGAUCAUCCAUUUUUGUUCUUAAUUAGGGAAGACAAAACUGGAACUGUUUUGUUUGUUGGUCAGAUCUUUGAUCCUUCCAAGAAAUCUGCUUAGGCUUUCGCUUUAGUCAAGUUAUGACCGGAUAAGUUGAAUUAGGUUUGAGCUUUAUAUUCAAUCUUGAUUUUAUGAAUCAAUUGAUUCAUAUUUAUGUAUUUGGUUAUUCAUAAAAUUUUCAUUAAUCGCAUGGUUUUAUUUGGUUUUUAUAAAUUUUCAUUUCUUUUGCUUUUUCUAAAUUUUGAUUAAUCAAUUGAUUCAUAUUUAUAUAUUUACUAGAUGGCCGGCCCGCACCCUGUACGGGCAUAAGAAAAUUUAAAAUAUGGAAUAAAUAUUAUAUAGUUUUUAAAAGUAACAGAUUUUACAACAUAGUACCACCGUCUUUGGGAGAAUUCAUCAGUCAUGGAAAAAAGCUGGUAGUCAAUAUUUGAGAUGGACGAGAGAGAACACAAUAACGUCAGUAUGAAGAGGCAGAUAUUGUGUGUAUAUAUAAUUGCAACGUCACAAAAUAUUUUGUGUGUUUAAGAAGAUACUUUCAUUAAAAAAAAUGGAAUAAAUAGUGUAUAGUUUUAGAAGUAACAGAUUUUAUAUUAUCAUUAAUUAGAAUUGUAUUGUAUAUGUGUCGUAAUUCUGUAUUUAGGUGAAUAAUAUUAUUUUUCCAUAAAUAAUAAACAAAC